GUUUUAUCGACUCAUUCUUGCCUGAAGACUACAGAGAUGGAAAUACUAUCGAGGUAAUUAAAAGUGGUCCUAAUUAGGUCUGUCUCAAAAGUCGCGCAUCUCGUGUUCCGAACGCAUUAAAAACAAUAGCUAUAGUCAGCUGAAAUGCCUCAUUAUCUAUAUUGUUUCUAAUGCGUUCGGCACACGAGAAGCGUGACGUUUGAAACAGGACUUAGCCGAUUUAUGAACACCAAGCACACUUUCUUGAUCUAUAAUAUUAUUUAAUUUAUUACAUUAUUUGAUAUAAUAUAGAAACUGUUAUAAAUUAUAAACAAUUCACUGGCAGAAACAAACCAAAACUGAGGAAGCCAUCCUGUUUUAAACGGGGCAAUGAUUUGUUGUCGCUAUAAAGUAUAAAAUAAAUUAGUGAAACAUGUUAUGUCACGAGCUAGGCAUAGUGUUUAUCUCGACAGCCACUGGUCAAUAUGAUGACAUCAAAACUAUACCUUUGUAGCUGUUAGCAAAUUUGGAAUUGGGUAACAACAUUAUUAAACAUCUAUUUGUCGCUAUUCAGUUAUAUACCCAUUUAUAUCUGGUCUGCAAAAGGGUGGACACACUCGCGCCGCGAGGACCUCUGGGCCACGCCAAUGCCUGGAAUAGUUUUAUGUAUGAGUACAUUUACUCAGCUCAAAAAUUGUUCCAAGAUGGCGGACAGCUCAUUAUCUUUCAUCGAAAUAUUUCAAGAAAUAUAAGAGGGUUUUAAUGUGAUUUAAAAGUUCUUUCAAAUAAAACAAACUAGAACGUUUUGUCAUAUCUGUUUAAUUACACCCACUUAACAUGAAUGAAUUUCCUACAACAAAUAUUUUUUGACAAUUUUGUUGUUGUUUGCGUUUACUGUCCAAUUUGUGGCAAGUUGUCCAUGCAGACCGAAAGCAGCCAAAGUUGCUGUGUACACGAGAAAAAAGUUGUCGAAGAAAAUUUGUUCGUGUAGAAAUUUGUAAUGACAGAAAGAUGGUUCGUAACCAAAUACUUAAAAUAUAAAAAUAUAUUUGUGUAACAGUCAGACCCAGCCGACUUGAUUGAAACUGCAAAACGGGCUUUGGAAAAAGGAGAAUUAGAGAUCGCUAAAAAUUACUUGAUCAGCGCCAUUCGCACAGUUAUGUUGGACAACUCAUACAAAAGAAGUCCAGAGCCGUAUCGUUACUUAGCUGAAGUCCUAGAGAGAAAAGCAGAAGACAAGAAUUUAGAGUUGCCGCAGAGACAACAAUUUCUGCUUCAAGCUGCAGCAUUGUAUAACUUUGUGCGCAACUUUUUAAAAACAGAGGACGUGGAAUACGAACUGUCGAAAACGCUGUCGAAAAUCGUCUCGCGUAAGCUACUUGAUAUCCAAGACAGCAUGGUUGAAAUGGUUGGAGGAAAUCCUCUUCACUGUAAAUUUGAUUCAGAGCUUAGAGAAAAUGAGCUGAAAAAUUUAAGGAAUGAGGUAAAAAAAUCCUUGGAGUUUAUGGAGUGCCGUAGAUCGUCUAAGAACCAAGAAUCAUUGAACAAAUGUGAUGUGCGACAGAUGCUGAAAGAUGAAACCGAGGAGAUAGAAAGACUAUCUGAUACAAUUUCGGUUGGAAUGAAGCUGUUCUUGGCAACGAUAAUUAACGAAUGUUUAGAGUUACUUGGAACACCACCUUGUGAUCAUGAAGUCAUUGUCCUUGGAUCUUUAGCAAGAAAUGAAAUGACGCCAUACUCCGAUUUCGAAUGGGCUAUUCUCACAAACUCAGAAGAGGAAGAAUGUAAAGUUUUCUUUCGAAAUUUAACAAACUUGGUUCAUUUGCAGGUAGGCCAAGUUUUUUGUAGUUGUAUAAUAUUCAGUAUUCUUACGUAAUCUUAGAGAGAAAAAAGUGGAAACGAAUCCAGGUGAGGAAGUAUACCAAAGAAGGAAAUAUAAUUGAGCAAUCGUUACCUUAUACUUUAGAUUAUCAACCUUGGAGAAACCAUUUUACCUAGUAUGAAUGUCGAAGCAAUUAAUGAGGGAUGGUUUUAUGAUGACAUAACAACAAGAGGAGUUUCGUUUGAUGGGUUUCUUCCACAAGCGUGCAAGACGCCUUUAGGAAAUACGCCGGAAUUUGAGCUGAUUCAUACACCAGAGAAAACGGCAGAUUCCCAUAACAACGAUUGUUAUCGCAAGAAUUGGAAACUAGGAGACACCUUGUUGACCUUUUCCCCUCUGCAACCGGAUAAGCAUAUAUUGGUUGAUGCUUAUCGGAGGGAGAUGGCUAAAAUCUUGUCUUGUCCUUGUGUUUCAAAAUGUUGUAAACAUGAUACUUCGUGUGGUGCUUGGCCUACCCGGGGAUCCUGCCGAGGGCUGAGUACUCUUUGCGAAAAUGUGUCUCGUUUUGGGGAUGUGUUGACCGGCAGUAACGUCUUGGACGAUGGAAAAAUACAUGAUGUCAAAAAGAAAAUUUAUCGUUUAACAGACCGUGUAUUUGCUGCACUGGCGAAAUGUUAUGAAGUUGAUGCAAGCGGAACUUUUGCCAUACUUGACGAACUUUACAGGAGGGAAAUAAUUUCAUCGGAAGCAAGAGAUAACUUUGCUAGUGCUGCGGCCAUUGCACUUAAGCUAAGAAUAAGUACUUACCUUAAAGCUGGAAAACAAGGGGAACAGCUCAUGGCAAGUUCAAAGGAAGAAACAGGGAAGUUGACUUCCGUUUACUAUAUGCCAAAUAAUGAAGAACUGUUUCACUUUUUCUUUAUUGCCAUUCGUUUGUAUGAAGAGUUACAAAAGUUGAAGGCAGCCGGAAACAUACCGCUGUCGCUUACACACAGUUCAUUCUAUGACGAUUCUGACGUCACGAUGGGUCAAGACCAGGGUCAUAUAUAUUGUCGCUUGUUAAACUACGACAAAGCUCUUAAAUCCUACGACCGUACUCUUCAACAGGAUCCAGAAAAUCUGAGUAUUGAAAUCCGUCGAAUAAGUAUUGCACUUUGUAUUACAAAGGGCACAGAAGAAAUGGAUAAGAUUCGAGAAAAUUUGGAUACCUUGUUGUGUAAGAUAGACCAAAGUUGGUCCGAGCCGCAUCAGGAAACCACACUAUUUGUCAAUCGCUUGGACUUCGAGGAAAUUCGGCAAUUGCUAGAAGUAUUGCCUUUGGCUUCCUCAUUUUUUGAUUGUCCAAAAUAUUUUGAAUUGGCAGGAAACAUUUUGUUCCAAAAUAGCACUGUAUUCGUUGGAAGCGAAUACAGUUGUAGAAGAGAAUUGGUUGAAUUGGCCAUGAUGGUAAUCGCGUUUCAAAGAUAUUUACCUGAGAGUACUGAUCAGCAGCACCUAAUUGACACCGUAACUUCUGAAAUAUCACCUUUAAUUGACGAAGAAGGUGCGAGCACUAAAAGUAUUCUAUGGUUAAAUUGGCUUGGUAAGUUUCUAUUUGAAAUGCGUAAACUUGACAAGGCUUAUCAUUGUUUUCAAAGAGCAUUGAGUAUGGAGCGUCUCCUUUACCAAACCAAACCAAACCAAACAUAA